GGAGUUCUAAACGUCUAUGGUUCUAAAACCAGCCAACAGUUCGAUCGGUGGUCUGAGCUCUUACCUCCACUUCUCCUCUAGUUAUCCUCCUCGUCAUGUCGUGUCUGAUCUGCGGGCCCAAGCUGGCGACGUGCGGCAUCGUGAUCAGCGUCUGGGGUGUCGUCAUGCUGGCCCUGCUGGGGGUCUUCUUCAGAACCCACUCCGCGGUGCUCAUCGAGGACGUCCCGCUCACUGAGGAGGACUUGAGGGAUACCAACCCUCCUCAGAAGGUCUACGGGAUCUACAACCAGGUCGCCUACAACUGCUUCAUCGCGGCGGCCGUCUACGUGGUGGUGGGGGGCUUCUCCUUCUGCCAGGUGGCGCUCAACCGGCGGAAGGAAUACCUGGUUCGGUAGCAGCCCCUAGCGGAGAAGAGGACUUCCUGGAGCUUGAGGAGCGGUUAAUGCGCUCUAUCGCUGUAAACACUUGGUGCCAAAACAUUUCAUACGACAGUCUCAGUGCCUUCUUUGUCUUACAAAUUGUGAAUUCAGAAUAAAUGAUUUUUUUCAUUU